UGUAGAGUCUCUGAUAAAAUGGCUCCAAAUGCCGGAGGGAUUGAAAAUUAUUGUCGUUUAUGUGCAGUUGAGGGGAACGGUGGUAUUUUUAUUUACAGUACGGAAGGCAUGGGACUGUGUCUUGAAGAAAAGAUAAUUCAGUGCUUGAGAAUUGAAGUAUCUAUGUACGACCAUCUGCCGAAGAAGGUUUGUGAUAAAUGCCAUAAUCAACUUGAUGAUCUGCAUAGGUUCACUGAAAGAGCAACAAGAGUUCAGCAUACGCUAGAACUACUUCUGCAGAUAAAAGCAAGAUAUAAUACAUUGGUUGUGGAAAAAGCCCAUGAUGACCAACCCAUAGAGGUCAAAAAUGAUCCUGACGAUAUGCACAUCAAGGAUGAAAUGCUGGAAUUGCCGCUUAAUGUAACUUUGGAGUCUGAUACUGAAAAUGAUGUGGAUAGGAAAACUGACAGCUGUGAAGAAGAAUCCAAGACAGUUCUGGAAUACAAUCACAACACCAGUGACAGAGAUGUCAGUACCUCUAGCCAGAGCCAUCAGUCUCCUCAGAGACGACGAAAACUUCCACAACCGAGGAAAGCCCACCUGUCUUCUAAGUCCCAGAACAUUCCAAGAAGACGCACUGUACAACAUAUAAGACCUCACAGUUCAAGUGGGGAUGAUGAUGGUGAUGAUGAUGACAAUGAGGGUGGUGAUGAUCACCAAGAUGAUGGUGAUGGUGAUCGUGAUGAUGGUAAUGGUGAUAGUGAUGAGGACUCAGUUGGAGAAGGAGAAAAGAAAGAGUGUGAGGAGGAAAAACAUGAAGAUAUGAAUGAAAAGUUUAAUGAUGAAAGGCUACCUGCAGCAGAUGAGUCUGAAGUAAAUGGUAUGAAUGGUAAUGUUAACAGAGAUGAUUUUUGUGCUGAUGAAGAUGAUAAUGAAGAACAGAAUGAUAAAGAAGAAUGGAAAACACAUUGGGGCAUAAAGUGCAACCAGUGUGACCAGAUAUUUCCUUUCAAAUCACAGUUUGAUAAACAUUACAUUAAUUCCUAUGAGAAGAAACCUGUAUACACUUGCUCAUACUGUAAUAAAAUGAUGGAGAAAUAUUCAACAUUCAGAUCACAUUGCUACAGGCAUGUUACGGAAGGAAGAUACAGGUGUGAUUACUGCCAGAAAGGCUUCAGUUUAAGGAGUAUGUUACGUGUCCAUGUGUUGGCAAAGCACACAACAGUAAAACCAUUUAUCUGUGAAGAAUGUGGUAAAGGUUUUGUUACGAGACCAGGUCUCAAUAUCCAUCUCAAAAAACAUAAAAGUGAUGAAAAGAUGGAGUACCCCUGCACUGACUGUGGUAAAAUCUUACACACUAGAGGUGGUCUGACAGCUCAUCAAAAUGUUCAUAAAUUAGGUCGACGUUUCAUGUGCGAUGUUUGUGGGAAGACUUUCACACAGAAAGUAAACAUGCAGCAACAUGUGAAGCAUCACACUGGGGAACGUCCAUACGCCUGUGAAAAAUGUGGAAAGUGCUUUGCUGAAAAAUCACACUUAAAUCGUCACUACAGCUUUCACAGUGAGAAGAGGCCUUAUCAGUGUCCUGUCUGUCAAAAAAUGUACAAAACUGAACGGUGCUUGAAGGUCCAUGCCAUGGUUCAUGCUGAAGCGAGACCUUAUGUUUGCACAUAUUGCAAUAAAGGAUUCCUGAGCACUACAAAAUUAAAGCAACACUACAAUAUCCACACAGGCGAGAGGCCAUAUGCGUGCAAAUUCUGUGAAAGAACAUUUACAAAUUACCCCAAUUGGCUGAAGCAUACACGUAGACGUCAUAAGGCUGAUCCUCGAGGAGGUGUAAUGCAGCAGCAGUCACAGCAGCAGCAGGCGCAGCCACAGCCACAGCAGGCACAACAUAUCAUGCAGCCACAGCAUUUGAUUCAACAACAGCAAUCUCAGCAACAAGUUCAGCCACAGCAACAGCAGCUACAAUCAGGCUCUCUUCAUGUUGCUGUGUGCCAGCCUCCACCAGCACCGCCACCACCACCACCUCCCCCACCGCCACCGCCAUCCCUGCAGCAGCAGCAGCAACAGCAACAGUUGGGAGUAACUCAGUUACCAGUAAUUACGGAAACACUGUACCACCAGUCUGCUCUACAGCCACACCAUUCACAACCAACUCCACCACAACUGCAAAUCUACCAUCCAGAGCAUAUGCAUAUUGCUAUGCAUACACAGUCCCACCACCAUCAACACCAUCCCCAUCACAUAAUGCCUCUGUGAUAGUGCUAGUUCAGGUAGCUCUGUGAAGUUUCUUCUCAUUUUGUGAAACCCCUAUUUUCGUAAUUGUCUUGAGAGUAUGGAAAAACAACACUGUUACUGAAGGAAGGCCUUCUGUAGUAACAUUUGCAACAUGUUGUGCUUUGGUGAAAAGGAUGAAAUGUGGAAUAUGUUCCAUGCAUUUUUACUGUGCCAGAAUAUAUAGGCAAUAUACUAACAGUUGUAUAACUCUUAGUGGAAAUGAUGGGAACAAAUUGAGAAAAUGUAUUUUUAUCGCAUUUUCACAGUAAUUUUUGGAUUUUUUUUAAGUACUCAUCACCAAACCAUGAAUGCUUUUGAUUAAAUGUUAGUGUGUUUUGUAAUCUUUUACAAAAACAUAAAAUCGUAUUAUAAACAGUAACCAUUUAGAUUGUACUUUCAAGAGUUUAGCACUAUGUGUUAAAAGAUUACAAAGUUUUUAUCACAAGAUAUCAAUGUAUUGCUUAAUCUAUUACAGUGCUUGCCCAUGUGAUGUAUUGUUUUGAUGAUAAGGAUUGUCUUCUCUUAAGUAACUAUGUUGCUGCACAAUGUGUAUUAAAAACCAUUUUUGUAACUUUUCUGUCUCUCAUCAUUGUGAGGCAGAAGUAUAAUGAAAAGAAACUACCCACCUUUAUGUUGCUGAUAAAUAGUCACAUAGUUGGGAAUCAAGCAGUAUUGCAACCUUAUGUGAGAUGCUGGCUUGUGGUGUUGAUAGCCCUAAGCAGAUCAUGUGUAUAGGUUGCCAUUUGAGUGAUUUCAUCUGCUGUCUCAGUAGAAGCCUAGAGACAACUAUUUAAUUUCUUAAUUUACAUAUUUUGGAAUGAUGAUGUAAAGAUAUUUAUACAUGCAAGCGGGAUUCACAAACAAUAUUGCAGCUGGUCUGUUCUCACAUUUUCAGUAUUGCAGUAUUACCAUGUACUUUCAUAAAGUAUUCAACACAUUUUCCACUUUUUGACAAAGUCGGAUAUCUUCUAAACGAAUAUGUGUUAUGAAGAUUAUCAAAGUUAAUAUUGAAAGAUUGUUGUAUUAAUGAUUGAUUUGCAUUAUAAUCAUUGUUUGUAGUUUUUAUUGUUUCAUUGGAUGUUUUUAAUUUGUCAUUAAGACAGGUAAUGAACAUAGCUACUGAUAAACUUGUUGAUUCAGAUCAUGGAAACUUGAUGAUUUUAUUGGUGCCAGCAUUGAUUCAGAUGUUUCUUCCAAUUUUCUGUCUAUCCACCCCUUUUUUUCCAGGCAGCAGCAUAUCACUGGACAUUCGCAAGGUCCUCUCAUCUAGAAAAGGAUAGGAUAUGAAGGAAAUGAAGCUUUUAAGAAGCUAAAUUAGUAAAGCUAAUGAAAAUUUCAGGUUAAGAAUGCUGCAGCAUGUCAGGGAAUAUACUUGAAAUGUCAACAACAGAUUAUAUUCAAACACCAAAAACAUUACAAAUGGUGAAAGGGGUAGUACAGAUGACACAGGUAUAUCAUACAAAGAAUCUCAGGAGAGUCAAAGUCGGGCAGAGAGUGCAAGAACUGAAAACACUAGACUAAAAUGUAAACUUUAGGAGAGAAAGAGAGACUGGAAGAAAAAGGCAAAAUAAAAUAUGUAGAAGGGAAAAUAAAAAAAUUAGAGGAUGGAAAGGGACAGAGAAACAGAUUUGCUUGCUGGGAGAAGGAGAGAGCAGUUGGGAAUGAAAAAGAAGCUAUAAAAGAUAGAAUCUCCAGUUAAUAUCAAUCAGUUGUGGUUGCCAUACCAACAGAAAAAGAUAGAGGGGUUGCAUGUCAACCAUUUGUUUCUUAGUUUUGUUGGAAUAGUUUAUAAAUGUGAUGCAGCUAAAGUAUGUAGUGGAUGAAAUUGUACAGGAAAAGAUUUUGCAAUUAUAAGAUAAUGGGCUGAAGAUGAUUCCAAAUCCUCACCAGGAGAUUUAAUAAGUUGUAAACAAACUAAUGUGGGUGGUCUUCCUUUGUUAUUGAAUUUACUUGUAUCUUCAUUUAUCUUUUGUUGUCCUUGCAUGUCAUUUUCUUUUCCAAGCCUUCCCUCCCAUUAUAUCUAAUUUGUCAAUGUCUCUCAGUGCCACUUGUCUUUAACUUCAUAGGUAUUAGAUUUUUGAGAGUGACUGACAUUUCACUGCUACUUUCUUUGUUUACUGCUCCACUGAUUGAAGUUCCAUUUUGUGUGUAACUGGUGAUCUGCUGAUGUCUGGGAAAUAGAAUGUUUUACUUGCUAACUAAUUCAACUCAUCUAAUAUUGGUCAUGCUCUGUCAAGAUUCUAAGUGACCAUAUAGUAGCAAAGAUUGCUAUAAUCGAUAUCAAUUGCUUACAGUACACCAAGUGAGUGCAGUAGUUGUUUUAACAAGAAGCUUUCAUUGUGUGAGACUGCCACAUAUUGACAAGAAAUUAAGAGCUUUACAGUUCUUCGUUUUCUUCAUUUUUAACUGCCUGAAAUAAUGUGUACAUCCAUUAAUAAUGUAUAUGGCCCAGAAAUGUGUUUCAGGGCUGUAAUAAUUUAACUGUUUGUCUUUCUGUUAGUAUUAGACAUUCAAGUAAUUGUAGUUUUCUGCAAAAAACUUGCUCUAUUUUUUAAUUUGAUAUUCUGAUGAGAUGAAAACAUAGUUUCAAGAUAUUAAUAAGGUGUAGUAUUUUCUACAGAAAAUGUCAAAAGGACUUAUAUCAUUUGUAUGUAUCCUUAGUUAUAAAUUGUUAUUUUAUCUUCAUCUCAUUGAUGAACUCAUUAAUUUCUUUUAAUAAUCUCAUGUAACUGUAUCUUCAAAGUUUGGAAAAUUCUAAAUUUUACCAUUGAAGAUAGUAUUACAUAUUGGGUAAUUGCAUUUUGCAGAAGCUGCAAGUAUUAUGAAGGCAUAGAAAUCAGCAGAACAUUUGAUAUGUUACAUUUAUUUAUGUAAUGAUGUGGUCAUUGUUUGCCUUACAAUAGCUCAGGCUAUCAAGAAAGGACAUACUUAUAUUCUGUGAAUAUAAUACUCAUAAGUCUGGUAUCAGUUCAUCACAGGAUUUUUAAAUGUGUGAAAUAAAGUGCUUUAUAUUUUUUUGAAA